AGUGCAUUAAACGCAGUGUUGUGAUUCAGUCGUCUUUUCGAUGUAUUAUUUUUCUAUUGAAAAAAACUAACGUCAAUUCGUGUUCGAUGAAAACCGAGAGCUAAGAAAAUUUCUCGAAAAAUACAUCGCGAUGCUCCUGAGAUGACCUUGAUCUUCGGAGAUCGUUCACCUGACUUCCCCCACUACCUGAUCAGAGUAACCAUGGAAACUGCUUGCAAACACCGAGUCAUGCUGAUCCCGAGAUUGGGGAGAAGGGCAGGUCAAAGCAAUGCAACUGAGGAAGGCAAAUCGGACGACGAUAUGUUGGACAGCCCUGGAUCUUUCGCUUCUGCAAAAUCGGCCAAGCCAGUCGCACCGGUGGCGCCACCUCGUACCCGAAAAACCGGAUGGGGCGACGAAUUCAAGGGUAACAAAGUGAAAGUCUCCAAUAUCAUUGAACAAUUGUUCCUCAGAGAACGCUUCAGGGCCACGGAAAACGAGGAACCGGACGAUGAAAUUCCUAUCAUACCGGAUCUGGAUGAAAUCCAGGCGGACAAUGGAAUACCCGAAAUCGCAAACGCUCCAUCAGUCGGAGUCAAUCGCGUUGCAGCUUACAAAGAACUCGACAAGGAUUUACUGAAGAACGAAGCUUUCGCUUAUCUGGACGGCAUCGACUUGUCACUCUUGACCGACAGACUUUAUCCGGAAAAAUUGGUCAGAGAGCCGGACGAAAUGUGGAGCUGGGAUGUCUUAUUUACACAGAUAUCCUCGGAGCUGAAUAGCGAGGCACAAUCCAACCUUGAUUCGUAGCCAAUAAUUAUUUAGCCGUUUUAUCAACGUAUAAACGAUUUUUCCGUCCGUAUUUUCAUCAGUCAGAUAAAUUUUUUAUGAAUUUGAUCAAAUAUAUUGUAUCGUGGUUUUCAAUAAAUAAAAUAUAUCGA